UAUCAAAAUAUUCAAGGAUAUAUCUGCAAAGCUUUAUCAACAAAACCAGGUCUUCCUGUUAUGAAAUAUUUUUAAGACAACGGCACAAAACAAUGCUCUUCUUUUAGUCAUUAUCAGUCUUUCGAGCAGUUCACUUACGUUCCCGAAACAGUUGUACAAAAAUAUGGCAACUAAAGCGAUGUUCUUCUUUGUGUCCAUAGCAGCAACGAAUUGUUUCAAUAUAGAAACAUACAUGGACAUUUGGUGCCAAGAACCCAUCAAAACCAUCGACUUAUACUCCUUCACCUCCAAAACAACCAGACACUUUUACACGAAGAGUUUAGAACACCGAUGCGGUCUAUGGAUUAAACAUAUACCCAACCAAAUUUGGACCCCAGAUCUCACGAAAAUCUUCAGAACAUCCUCCAGAUAUAAACUGAGCGUAUUGAAAAUUUCCGAUGGUUUGAAGAUAUCAGACGAGGAUUUUAUCAAUUUUGAACCAGCUCUGAAAUAUCUAGACUUAUCUGGGAACGAUUUGGACUAUAUACCGAUGCCAACAGUGAAAUCUGAGAUACUUUCCCAGAAACAAAGUAUUUUCUAUCGUCUUUAUGCUUUGGAUUUGUCGAAAAAUAAGUUCACUAAUAUCUCCUUCGUCCAAAACAAGAUCGUCAACUUAGAAGAACUCGAUUUAAGCCAGAACAGAUUGACUGAAGUACCUCUAACUUCUCUGUCACACUUCGUAGGCCUGGAAACACUUCUACUCAAGGAAAAUAAUAUAACAGGAUUCCAAGUUUCAGCAGGAUAUACAAACAUCAAAUAUCUGGAUUUGUCUGGGAAUCAUCUAAGGGAUCUCCAAGGCUGUGAAAACCUGGUAAAUUUGAUGGUUCUCAUAGUCAGCUACAACGACUUACAAAUACUGCACUCCAAUUCAUUCAAAGAUGGGAUUUGGAGUCUGGAAGAGCUCCAUUUGGACCACAACAAGAUCGAAGAUAUCAGUGAAGAUGCGUUCGUAUACUUCCCUAAUCUCAAAACAUUGAAACUGAAUGGUAACAGAUUAACCAACUUGAAACAAGGAAUUUUCACAGUUUUGAAUAGGCUGGAAUCUUUAGAUAUUUCCAAUAACUUUGUAACCACAUUCAACGCAGCUUCAAUAGUCUCCCAGAAGAAGCUAAUUUCGCUUAAUUUACGAAAUAACCUGAUUUCAAGUCUGAAUUAUACGUUGAUCAAGCAAGUUGCACCAUCUUUGACGGAGAUCGAUGUUUUGGAAAACAAUUUCGAUUGUGAUUUCUUCGAAAAUAUGUUGUCGUUCUUCAAGCAUACGAAUAUAAAUAUUCCAGGUGGGGAAGUAUGUAUCCCUGUAAAAAAAGAUACGAGUUGUUGUAAUAUCCAAGAAAAAACCAUUUAUUUAAAUUCUUUCUCAGACACAAAGAUCUCACCACCAAUAUUUGAUCCUGAAUAUUUGAUUAUGAAUAGAACAUCUUAUAAUAUGUCCAGCUUUUUUUCGUCAAUGGAGACAAAAACUGAAGCUUUGUUGAGGUUCAUUUUUUACCAGUUUGCCUUCAUUGUUUCAGUAACUUUGUUAGUUUUUGUAGUCUACGUAUAUCGUAGUUUUGGAAAAGUGGUCAUUAAUCCAGAUAAACACCCUCCAGAGCUACACAAGAUGAUACAGUCGAUCUGAUAUAUU